GUUUUCCUCUUUCUUGAUUUAGGCCUCCAGGAGUUCCAGGCGUAAGUGGUGAGACGAGAGGUCUUUGAAAAAGACUAGUCUGCCCUUAGAACUCUAGCUCUGAAGAGGAAAGAAAGAUGAUCAGAGAACAGCAACUCAGGCAAAACUUAGCUCCCGUCGAUGAGUAACUGUUGCGUGUUCUGAAAGAAUGGAUCAUUAGUCUAACAAAUUCUACCUCCUAAUGAAAAGUGUAUUGAGACCAGUUGUUUUAUAAGGAAUUAAUCUAUGUGAUUAACUGUACGAUUUUAAAAAAUGCUUUGCAGCAGACCGCAUCCGACUUGGGGCCGAGGCCCCUCCGGGUGUUGGUGCCUUCCCUUCGGAUCAGCCGACGGGGGGAGGACUAGCACGCUUGGCGGGGAUGAAGCUCAACUCCCGACGGCUCGUCCUUUGUGCCGGGGACGGGAGCGCGGCGCCCUCCGUCCGCAGUGAGGGCUUCAGGCCGCCCAGCCUCCGCCCCGCCCCUGCCCGGCAGCCUCGCCGCGCCGCGCCUCCUCGCUGGAGCCGCUCUCGGGCCACGGGAAGGGACACUCGGAGCCCCUUCUCCUUCUGGAUGAGGCGAGGUCCCUGAAAGGCCGAGAGCGGAGGACAGUAGCAAGGAGCCGAAGGCACGCCCGUUCGCGCGGGCGGCUCCAGGACUUCAGGUUGUGCUUAACUUUCAUGAAAGGAAGCACAGGAAUAUCUGCAGGAAGCCAGCCACUGGACCUAAUGAAGGAUGCCUGUGUGGAAACAUUUUGAUGUGUCAGUGUCCUCAUUGUACAGUGUGUGCCAUUCUUUUGCAGUCUCAGAGAGAAUAGUAUGAAAGAAAAUAUUUUGUGAAAUAAGAAGCUCCUUUUCCACCAUUAAUGACCAACAUGUAUUAAGAUGGACAUCUAUUCGACAGAAUAUGAAGUUCUAUGGUCUCAAAGAAGCAAGCACCCAUUGAAAACUGAUCCUAAAUAAAAACAGACUUGAAUGGACAUCAGAAUGUUUGUUGGUCUUAGAAGAGUAAAAAAAUGGCAGUUUGUUCAUUUAUUUGCCACUUGUUUUAUCCUAAGCCUCAUGUUUUUUUGGGGACCAAUUGAUAAUCACAUUGUGAGCCAUAUGAAGUCCUACUCCUACAGAUACCUCAUCAACAGCUAUGACUUUGUGAAUGACAGCCUGUCUCUUAAGCGCAGCACAGAGAGGGCUACUCGCCACCAGUACUUGAUUAACCAUGAGGAGAAGUGUCAAGCAGAAGAUGUCCUCCUUUUACUGUUUGUAAAGACUGCUCCUGAAAACUAUGCUCGACGAUCUGCAAUUAGAAAAACGUGGGGCAAUGAGGAGUAUGUUCGGUCUCAGCUUAAUGCCAACAUCAAAACUCUGUUUGCCUUAGGAACACCUUCUAGUUCACUGAGGAAAGAAGAACUGCAAAGAAAACUGGUUUGGGAAGAUCAAAUGUACAAUGACAUAAUUCAGCAAGACUUUGCUGAUUCUUUCUAUAAUCUUACUCUUAAAUUACUUUUGCAGUUCAGUUGGGCAAACAGCUUUUGUCCACAUGCCAAAUUCCUUAUGACUGCUGAUGAUGACAUAUUUAUUCACAUGCCAAAUCUUAUUGAAUACCUUCAAAGUUUAGAACAAAUUGGUGUUCAAGACUUUUGGAUUGGUCGUGUUCAUCGUGGUGCCCCUCCCAUUAGAGACAAACGCAGCAAAUACUAUGUGUCCUAUGAAAUGUACCAGUGGCCGGCUUACCCUGACUAUACUGCUGGAGCUGCCUAUGUGAUCUCUAGUGAUGUAGCUGCCAAAGUCUAUGAGGCAUCACAGACACUGAACACUAGUCUGUACAUAGAUGAUGUGUUCAUGGGCAUCUGUGCCAAUAAAAUGGGAAUAGUACCACAAGACCACAUGUUUUUCUCUGGGGAAGGUAAAACUCCUUACCAUCCCUGCAUCUAUGAUAAAAUGAUGACAUCUCAUGGGCAUGUAGAAGACCUGCAGGACCUUUGGAAGGAUGCCACAGAUCCUAAAGUAAAAACAGUUUCAGAAGGCUUUUUUGGUCGAAUCUACUGUGGGAUGGUUAAGAUAGUUCUCCUUUGCAAAUUGACCUAUGUGGACACAUAUCCUUGUAGGGCUGCCUUUGCCUAAUAAUACUUGAAUGUUGUAUGUUUUCACUGUCACUGAGCCAAACCUGGAUGGAAAAACCUUUAAGUGUUUGUCUGUACCCUAAGUAGAAAGACUAGGAGACAACAAAGAAAUAUUUUGAAAUCCCAGCCUACCAGAAUGUUCCUUUGAUUCUAGAAUCUACUCAAUGUAACUUACCUACUUCAUUGCCUGAAUUUAUAUUUAGAAAAGGUUUAUGAAAACAAAACUAAAGGGACAUGCUCUCACUUAAUGCCACAUGUAUAUUUGAGGUGUAGAGAAGUUAUUAAGGUACCUUGGUUAGAAUAACUGCUUUGGAAAAUACCAAGUAAGUGUAUAGUACAGUAUUUCAAAGAAAUGCAUAUAUUGUUAGACCAGGUGUACAAGCUAAUUUUUAUUUAAGAGCACUUGGUAGAGAUCAUGGGGCCAGGGGAGGAUUGGCAUGGGAGAAAGUACAUGAAUCUGGUAAAAGCAAGUCUCCAAUUUCUUUAGAAACAGCCAAAUCACUUGUGACAUCCAUGUAGCUCUUUUACCUAGAUAGUUGGAAUCACUUAAAAAUAUAUUUAUGUCUUUUUUUCAAAGUUUAAUGUGAAAUUUGAGAAGUCAUUAGCUCUGCCCUAACUGGUACUUUAUAUGGGUUUUUUUGAUUAUUAGAAAUGACACAAACCACAGGCAGUUUACAAUCCAUAGGGUCCUUCUCUAGGGAGAAAUCAUUAAUUCAAGCAAGCUGAUUUCAGUUUAGUGACUUUUUCAACUGAUGUUUAUAUACUCAAUAUCAGUCUGUGUUUCAGGCAGUUACUUGAAUGUAAUUUGCAUAGAAGAAUAUAAUAAUGGAGAAGACUUAAAAAUAGAAGAGAUCAAAAGUCUCUCUUCUCCAUAAUUUACAAAAUAAAAUUCUUAGUGUCUAAUAUUAAUGAUUACUAAAAUUAGCCCACCCCUCUCCAACAAGGUCUCAUGAACCACAGUACUUUGUUCCACGUUCAGAUUUUAAAAUUGAGAGUAUUAAACAUCAAAUCAAAGCUAUAGUAGCUUAAAAAAUAUUUUCUUUUAUCAAUAACUUUCAGAGGGAUCUUCAACUUCUAAAUAUUUUAAAUUUGAAAGCAGAAUGAAAAUGAUAGAGAAGUCACCAGAAUGAGGUUUAAAGUAUUUGUAAAGCUGUAUGUUCCUUGUAAUCAAAGAGAUGUGGGAUCUAAUAGAGUAAAUUUUAUUUUUACACAGCAGGAUGUGGCCAUGAUGCAAACAACCUCCCCUCACUACAGAAGAAUUAGGUGAUGUCUGCUUUUGGGGGAUUGAUUAUAUGAGGGGCAAAAUAGUGACUUAAGCAAAGGCCAUUAAACUGAUUAUAGAAUCUCUGAGGAGGUGCCUAUUGGGGAAAACUAGGAUGUCUUGUUUAAUUAGGUGAUACUUGAAACAUGCAAAACAAAACAGCUAAAAUAGAAUUCUCAGUAAACUGGACAUUGAUAUACUUAAUAUUUUGCAGGUAGCUUUUUAAUGUUUACAGAAACUGUUAAUUUUUUUUCUAUUUUGAAAAUUGAGGCUUGUUUACAUUGAUUGCUCAGAUAAUUUAGAAUUUUUAAGUAAUGUCAAAGCUGCAGUGUCAACCAUUCUAGCUUGUAGUGACUUUCAGAGUAGGUUCAGGGUUUCUAGAUUAUUACUGUCUAAAUUUUCUGACCAAUCUUAAAAACUAGAAAAUGAAGGCAUGUUUUGACAAAGCAGAUUUCUAAUUAAUUUUUAUCAGUUGAGUCUUUAAUAAUCAUUUGCCUUUUGGCUAUACAUACUCUGUGUAUCUAUACUUGUAACUGUUUAAAUUUGCCAUUGUUUGAAAACAUCAGUGUCUCUCUGGCCAUCGAAAUGAUCUUGUUUACAGCAAUACUUUUGUGACAUUAUUUAUUUGUGAAAAAACUCUCCUCAACUGUGUUCAUCUUUUUAUUUUUGCUUAGAGUAGAAUGGAACAGAUUUAAAUUUAAAGGAAAUAUGAAAGCACUUCCCUUUUUAAUAAGGAAAUUGCUAGAUGCCUCCUUCAUCAGACUUAAAGUACUGAGAAGAAUAUUUGUAAAUAAAAGGAUUCCAACCUUUUAAAAAGGAAGGAAAAACUUUGUGGUGCUGCAAGGCUGUCUUGAAAAUAGUCAACAAAGGGAAAAUAAAAUCAGCCUGGAUGGUCACUUGAGUAGAAGAUGGUUGUACACAGUGUUAUUGCGAAAAACGUUUUACCUCUUGGUUGAUUUCCAUCUUUUUUCCAUAUUAUUAAUUUUAUACCAAAAUGUUAAAUAUUUAUAUUAUUUGAAUUUUACUCUUAUAUGGCAAAACAAUUAGUGGGUUUUUAAAAAUAAAUCUAUGAUUUCCAAUAAACAACUUGAAAUUGUCAGCA